UGUGUUGUUAAAUUUUAAGUGGCAAGUGGCAACCAAUGGGUUUACCACAAAAAGGAUGGUGUAAUUAAAUUGUGAUAUUAGACAACUAGCUUAUAACCUGACUCAUUGACCGGAAUAUUCAUAUUUGAUUAUUUAUAUUUUUAUGUUACGUUUAAGCUAAUCAACCAGUUCAAUUUUAUUGACAAUCCUUCGAUCGAGAUGAUGCAUAAAGAAAGAAUAUAUAGAUCUAACAUUCGGAGAAAUACCAUCAUCAUUUAAGAAUAUAAAAUGUAUCCUUAGUUCCAUUUUCAUAAUGAUAAUUAAGCCCUCAUUAAAAUGUUAUUGGUUAGUUGAUUGUCGAGAAAGAGGGUAUAAAAGGUCAGUGAAAUUCCACAUGACCCAUAGAUAGUUUGAAACUAAAUCUUAAACCUCACAAUCCUACAUAAGGGUUUAAUGCGCUCCUUUUAUGAACAACAUGCCACUAAUAAAAAAGAAAUGGAGAGUUGUUGAUUCAAGACGACUAUAUACUAACAACUCAGCUAAGAGGAGACCAUCAAAACUUGAGAGCAAACGACAAAAUUAGGGUUAUCUCCAAUAUAUUAAUAGACUCAAUCAAAGUAAUAAGGCACAAAAUUAGACACUCCUUGUCUAUCAGUUCCAGUAGGUUGAAUAAAGAAUCGACCUACUUCAAUAAAUCAAUCAAUGAUUCCUCAUUUUAAGAUAGAAAUAUGUUGUGAUAGAUGUAAAAACCAUAAAUAUAAAGAUCCAAUAGCCACCACUCUUCGUUGUACAACCAAAUAUUUAUCUCAAGAGACAUAUGUUUCAAUCAAAAAUUCAAUUUCUAAUCCUCCUUCUGCAACUCCAUUAUUUAUUAAACUCUUUUACAUGCCCAACUUAAAUUCCCAACAAUAAAACCGACGUGCCAAGAGAUACAAGAUGAUUGAUUUUCAAAAGCGGUCCUGUAUUGGGAAGUGAAAGGGGUGCAAACUAUUGUACGAUGGAGGGAAUUUUCGAGGAAGUUAGAAAGAGAUGAGAACAAAGAUAAAAACCAUAAAAUUUAAAUUGAAAAAUGCAAGGACACAAUAUGUAGUGACAAAAUUAGUUUUUUCCAUGUUAGCCAAUUACCAAUUUACCUAUAGCAAAAAUUAAGGAGAGAGAAAAAAUUUUAAAAUUGAGAAAGUACAUGAAACUCUACAAUGAAAAUUGAAGUAUCAAGCACCAUAAAAAUAUAUACGGUAUACUUAGUGGGUUUGCUAAUCAUGAUGGAAAGUUCUGCGAUUUUCAGAGAGUUGAGCUUCGUGUAUAUUUUGUAUUCAAAAAGACAUAACAAAUUUGUUUAGUGUAAAUGGUUGUGAUUGUUGUCUUUGUUUUAACAGACCCGAGUUCAAAUCCUGAUGUUGAUAUUUUUUAGGGUUAAUACCCUAGUUUGACCCGAAGUAUAGCGUUAGUGACAGUUCUGACCCCAUUUUUCAAAUAAGACAUUCGUGACCCUCUUUUGAAAUUAUUGAACAAAGUUGCCCCGAGAUUUUCUUUGACCGUUAAUAUUAACAGUCAAACACUUAUUUCGUUAGUGACUCAGCAUCUAGAGCUGAAGUGGCAGUGAUGUGGCUUCCAUGUCAUUUAUUUAUGCUAAAAAAAUAAAAAUUAAAUAAUAACAAAUAAAACAAAAAUAAAUAGCAUAAAAAUUAUGGAUUUCCCGUCCACAAGCGCCUCUACCUUCCCCAUCCGUCACGGUAGCCGUCCCCUCAGAUUCCACUUCGUCGUCGUCAGCAAGAUCGGCGGAUUCCCUCGAAUUUCAUCUUCUCCCUCGAAUCGAUCUGGAGUAAAAUCGAAAGCGAUGGGAAGCUAGCAGUUAGGGAUCUGAGGCUGACGAUUCCAUCUUCUCUCCUCGUCGUCCACUGCACCUUCUCCAGGAAAAGGAAAUGGAAGAGAUGGAGACUCCUUCAGAGUCAUUGCCACUCGUUGUUGCUAUUCUUUUCGGGGGACGGACGUUGCCGGGAUACCAAAGACGCAAGAAGGAAUCAAGGAAAUACAGGCGAAGUGGGAAGAAUAAUGGCGGAGAGGGUUUUUCUUGUUUUUAUUUUUUUAGUUAUUUGUUUAGUUUUUUAUUGGCAAGUAAUUGACACGGCAACCAUGUCAUAGCCACUACGGCAUAAGAUGCUAAGUCACUAACAGAAAAAUACAUUGACUGUCAGUUUUAACAGUCAACAUCAAUUUUGGGCCAAAUCUGUCCAUUAAAUUGAAAAGUAGGUUAAAAAUGUCUUAUUGAAAAAAUUGGGCCUAAACUGACACUUAUGCUAAACUUUGGGCCAAAGUAGGGUAUUAACCAUAUUUUUUAUGUGAGAUAAAUAAUUAAUUGUAAAAACAAAAAUACCCUUCCUACUUACACUUUCAAGAGAUUUGAAACCGAAAAAAGUAGUCAACAAAAAGUGUACAAUAAUAUGGGGACGAAGAUCCUGCAAUGUUUGCCGGUUUGGUUUCUUAUUCUUACUCUCGAGGGCUUGGAGUCACAAGGCCCAAGACCUUAAGGCCCAUGUCCUAGUCCACACAAAAAUGUUCCUCAAGAUACAGUUUCGUGUUCAGUGAAUUACGGGACAGUGCUGCCGCUUUUCGGUUCCCUGCAUGCGUGGCGGCGGGUGGGUUAAACUGCGAGGGGUAAAUGGGUUCGGUGAGAGUGAAGUGGCUAAGUCAAACUCUGCCUACUCUGACGGCUCGAGUUCUUCUUCCACACUAUUCUGGUAGCGCAACUUUUGUCCGAAAGCCGACCAGUAAUUGCAGAACGCUUCUCUCAUAUUCGUCUCCCUCAACAACCCAUCGAAGAUCGGCAGUAAGGGCUCUGGUGUCAACUUCUGAUUCAAUCACGAAAAUGGUGAAAGCGAUCAAGGUUCAUGAGCUGGGUGGCCCUGAGGUUUUGAAGUGGGAGGAUGUGGAGAUCGGGCAGCCAGGGGAAGGCGAGAUUCUGGUAAAGAAUAAAGCGAUUGGGCUCAACUUCAUUGAUACCUAUUUCCGUAAAGGAGUUUACCAACCUGCCAAAUUGCCAUUCACUCCAGGAAUGGAGGCUGUUGGUGAGGUGAUUGCUGUGGGAAAUGGAGUAACUGACGUUAAAGUGGGCGAUAUUGUUGGAUAUGCUGGUAAUCCGAUGGGAGCAUAUGCAGAAGAGCAGAUACUUCCAGUAGAUAGAGCUGUACCUGUUCCUCCUUCAAUUGACCCUGUCGUUGCAGCAUCUGCCAUGCUCAAAGGCAUGACUGCUCAGUUUUUAUUACACCGGUGUUUCAAGGUUGAGCCUGGUCACACCAUCCUUGUUCAUGCAGCAGCUGGUGGAGUAGGGUCUCUUUUGUGUCAGUGGGGGAAGUCACUCGGUGCCACUGUCAUUGGAACGGUGUCGACCAAGGAGAAAGCUGCACAAGCCACUGAGGACGGAUGCCACCAUGUCAUCAAUUACAAAGAAGCAGACUUUGUAGCUCGUGUCAGUGAGAUAACAUCCGGGAAGGGGGUCAACGUUGUCUAUGAUUCUGUGGGGAAGGACACACUUCAGGGGUCAUUGUCGUGCUUGAAGAUCCGCGGAUACUUGGUGGUGUUUGGGCAGUCAUCAGGGACACCGGAUCCGAUUCCUCUAUCCGCUCUAGCACCAAAGUGCUUGUACCUGACGAGGCCCUCGCUCAUGAUGUACACCACAACCCGAGAGGAGCUGCUGGAAACUGCUGCAGAUGUCUUUGCCAUCAUGGAAUCAGGGGCACUUCGAGUUCGGGUGAACCACACGUACCCUUUAUCCGAGGCGGCAAAGGCGCACUCGGACUUGGAGAGCCGCAUGACCUCAGGUUCUGUUGUAUUGAUCCCUUGAGGCCUUUGGCUACAUUUUCAUCCAGAAAGGAGAGUAAGUCUCAAGUCCACUGGUGCGUGAGAUUGAGGACGUUCAAAAGUAUGUGUUUUAUGUAAUGGGAAGUGGGAAACUGAACUAUUGUACAAGUAUGAAGUAGGGGUGUUCAUGUGACCAUGGUUGAGACUGAGAGAAUUGAGACCAAGAAAAUAAAUUUUUUGGGCUUGGUGAAGCCCAAUAACUCUGGCAGUCCUUAUUAAAAAAAAAAAACUCUGGCAGUCCGGCCCUUACUCGAGGGAAAAUUACUAAAAUAGGUAAGUAAUA